UUAACAACUUGACUUUUUCUAUCUAAGCCUCGUUAUUCUUACAACUGUGACAACUCAAUCGUUAUAUUUAAUAUAGCAGAUAUAUCUCAAUCUUACAUUAAUACUUAUUAUUCGCCUAAAUAGCACAACAGAUAAAGAUCGCAGUCAACCGAUAUUCCACGUCUCGAGUUCCAAUUGUCGUACCAAUCAUGGAUCGAGACGCCAUCCUAGCCGCUUCGAAGAAGCACGAUAUAGUCCCCGGAAGACUAUACAAGUACGGCACGGCAGGCUUCCGUAUGAACGCCGAUCUCCUAGACGGUGUCACCUUCCGAGUCGGACUAUUAUCAGCUCUUCGAAGUCGUAAACUCAAUGGCCAGACGAUCGGCGUAAUGAUCACCGCCAGUCACAAUCCUGCGGUGGAUAACGGUGUCAAGAUUGUCGACCCAAUGGGUGACAUGCUUGAGCAAGAGUGGGAGGUCCAUGCUACGAACCUCGUCAAUGCUCCGAGCCACGAAGAGCUCGUCGAUUACUUCUACAAGCUAGCCGAUUCGCUUAAGAUCGACCUCACCUCCCCCGCUAAGGUCAUUGUCGGCCGCGAUACUCGCCCGUCUGGUAAAACCCUCGUCACAGCUCUCGCAGAUUCCCUUGCCGCUACGAACACGACUUUUACCGACUACAAGAUCCUUACAACCCCUCAACUCCAUUACUUAACCCGUUGCGUUAACACAGCUGGGACUCCGGGAGCUUAUGGAGAAAUCAGCGAGCUUGGAUACUAUAAGAAACUUGUCGAAGCUUUCUACAGAGCUCUGCGAGGACGUAAGGUUUCUGGAAAGUUAUCUGUCGAUUGCGCCAACGGUGUUGGUGGUCCGAAGCUCAGUGAGCUCCUCAAGCACCAUGACCCCUCCAAAACGGGGCUGGACGUAAGGGUUGCCAAUGAUGACGUCUUGCGCCCAGAAGUCCUAAACCUGGACUGUGGUGCCGACUUCGUCAAAACCAGACAGCGAGCCCCGGCAAACCCGAAACCUGCCCCCGGUGAGAGAUGGUGCUCUCUGGAUGGUGAUGCUGACCGCCUUAUCUACUACUGGGUCGACCCAGAGACCGGCUUUUUCAUGCUGGACGGUGAUCGCAUUGCAACCCUUGCCGCGUCUUUUAUUGCAGAUCUCAUCCGCACCGCUGGCUUGGACGGCCAACUUCGUAUCGGACUUAUCCAGACCGCCUAUGCCAAUGGAUCCAGUACCAAGUAUGUCGAGCAGCACUUGCAGAUCCCGGUUGUCUGCACUCCUACGGGUGUAAAGCACCUUCACCAUGCCGCUUGCUCAUACGACAUCGGCGUCUACUUCGAGGCUAAUGGCCACGGCACUGUCCUAUUCUCUCAAGAUGCCCUACAGGCAUUCAAGACCAAGGAGCCCCAGUCACCGGCACAGAAGGAUGCUCUCGAGACGCUCAGCGCAUUGGGAGAUCUUAUCAACCAGACUGUUGGCGAUGCGAUAUCAGACAUGCUCAUGGUCGAAGUUAUCUUGGCCCACAAGGGAUGGACGCUCAGGGAUUGGGCCAUGACGUAUCAAGAUCUUCCUAACCGUCUCGUCCGUGUGGAAGUGGGCAAUAAGGAUCUGUUCCACACUACUGAUGCGGAACGAAAACUCAGUCACCCAGAACACUGCCAAGACGAGAUUGACAAGGUUGUGAAGAAAUACACGAACGCCCGUUCUUUUGCCAGAGCUAGCGGGACGGAGAACGCAUGCAGAGUCUAUGCGGAGGCCGCCACGAGAUCCGAAGCAGACGAGCUGGCGAACAAGGUCGCUGCCAUCGUGAAGACAUACGGAGGUUAAACAAUCAAAAUCUACGAUUGCGGGAACGGACAUAUGACGCAAGGGCAUAUUGUAGACAGUUCAUGGGCCUUAAAAGGGGAAAAAGUUUGGUGAUUCUUAGGUCGGGAACGAUUUUUUACGUUUUACGAAUAUAGCUGAUGAAUUUAACUGAAUAUUGCAAAUAAA